CGGUGCAACGGUUAGAUCUGUCCGACAGAAAUGUAUCCAAGUUAGGGAAGUUUUGCUGAUAUUUAGUUCUUAAACUUGUAUUUUUAUAAACGUUAUAUACACAUACGUAAUGCUUCAUUAAUGUUAGCUAAAACUAGCCUGUUAAAAUGAAGGUUAAAGUAGUGCUUCUGAUAUCUGCGGUGGUUUUACUGACAGUGUCGGCAGCAGAUGACAUGUUGAGUAUACCAGGAGGAAAGAUGUUAAUGGGAACCAGCGCAGCUGAUGGGAGAGAUGGAGAGGCUCCCACCAAGGAGGUUCAGCUGCAGCCGUUUAAAAUAGACACAUACCCCGUCACUAACGCCGACUUCAGAGACUUUGUGAGAGCACAGAAGUACAAAACUGAAGCUGAGACGUUUGGUUGGAGUUUUGUGUUUCAAGACUUUGUGCCAGAAGAGCUGAAGAGCAAAGUCACACAGAGGAUUGAGUCUGCUCCUUGGUGGCUGCCUAUAGAGCGGGUGUUUUGGAGACAGCCUGCAGGACCUGGUUCAGGCAUUCGGGAGCGCCUGAGCUUCCCGGUGGUUCAGGUGAGCUGGAACGAUGCUCAGGCCUUCUGUCGGUGGAAGGGCAAGAGACUGCCAACUGAGGAGGAGUGGGAGUGGGCUGCGCGUGGGGGGCUGCAAGGUCGAACUUAUCCGUGGGGAAACAAGUUCCAAGCCAACAGAACCAACCUGUGGCAGGGAUCGUUUCCAGAUGUUGACACCGCAGAGGAUGGAUAUCAUGGCAUCUCUCCUGUGGCAGCAUUUCCUCCUCAGAACAAUUAUGGACUGUAUGACAUGAUGGGAAACACAUGGGAAUGGACAUCCACACCCUUUCCAGCAGCACAGCCCAUGUACGUGCUGCGCGGUGGCUCCUGGAUCGACACGGUGGAUGGCUCAGCUAAUCACAAGGCACGAAUCACGACCAGGAUGGGCAACACCCCCGACUCUGCCUCUGAUAACCUGGGAUUCAGGUGUGCUGCGAGUGACGGACAGAAACAAGGGAAGAAAAAAGGCAAAACUGAACUGUAGCAACAAACAGGAAGUCAUAAAUAUUAAAUGAAGGACAAGAAAGUUCUUUUGAGCCAGACAAAGAAAAAGAAAAAAGCAGGGGACCAAUUAAGUAUCAAUGACUAACAAUGAAUUUUACUAAUGGUGACAGGACGACGUGAGUGACAAACUGUAUUUCUCCUGUGGAGAACUUUUUAUUAAUGAACUUUAAGAACAAACACAGACAUACUAAUACCUAACAUUCAAAAAAUAAACGAUUUUUCAAAUAAAAAAUAAAUUUCUUGUUACUUUUUUCCCCCCCAAAAUAAUGAGACUAGCUGCAGAUUAUUUUAGGGGCAUGACUGAAGGGACUUCUUGCCGCACUGACUGGAAGAAUUAGGACACUCUUUGACUGUCACUGGCAGUCUUCCUCCUGCACGCUGGGAUCUGUCUUUUGUUGAGUGUUUUUAUGUGACUGGAGAGUAAAUCAGUCUGUCGGCUUAGUCACAGCCUGCUAUAAUCCCGUCUUUGUCUUUUUGUUUACUCUCUCAUCUCGAGUGGCCAGCUGAGAGGUUGUUUGGACUCAUUCUGAUUAACACCACAGAUUAAAAAAAAAAGUUUUCAGCUGAACUCCAGUUUUGUCUAAGUAGCAAGUUACUGUCUUAAACUAAGAAGUGAUGGAGUGCUUUUGAGCUGGCCACACAAUCCAGUUAUAUCAUGCAAGUGAAAUGUGUUUUUAGUGACUGACAAAUAUUUACUCAAGGCAAAUCAGAGCUGGCAGCUCGGUUCUCGUAACAUACAGUAUGAGGACAGUGUCGCAAUUCCUUAAUUGUCGAACUGGAAAUUCAACAUGUAGUGUUUCAAAAAAAUGCAAAUUAGAAUUAAACUGGAUUAAUUUCAUUUUUAAAUUUUCCACUGAAUUACAGCCUCUUAUUAUCAGUGUCAUAAUUUGACACUGUUGCAUAACACAUCAUUAGUUGAUAGGGAUUCACAUGCAUGAUGUGGAUGCUUGCAGACCCUUUAGUCCUGAUAACUUCACCUUAGGAUUUGUAUUGAAACUCACAAAGGGGAAAAAAGGAUGCAAAAGUACAACAUACUCGCUUUCUGGUGAAGAGAUUAUUCAACAGCGAUACAAUAUUUCAUGUGUGGAAUGUAAAUCAGCCUGUUUUGAGAUUUUCUUUGGGAUAGAUUUUCUUGCAGAGAUAUUUCUGUCUUAUUAAUGACCAUAUCCUAGACAGUAUAAAUGUUACUAAACAAAAGAAAUGCUGGGAAUAAGUGGCACUGUCUCAUGUGGUUAGCAGAAACUUUCUGUUGUAAAGGGACAAUUCUCCCCCAGAAUCAAAAAAUCAAAUACAUUUUCCUCUUACCUAUAGCACUGUUUAUCAGUCUAGAUUGUUUUGGUGUCGGCUGGUGGAUAUUGCAGAUAUCAGCCAUAGAGAUGUCUGCCUUGUCGUGAAUA